GUUCAAAUAAUUAUAUUAAAUGGCAUCGCUAAAUAAAUUAAGUAGCAAUGAUAUUGGUAAUGUUGAUAGAUAGAUUGCAAAAUUAAAGCUAGGAUAAAUAUUGACAGAAUAGGAAGUGAAGAGUUUAUGCGUGAAAGUUUUAAUAAUUAGCAAUAAGUUAGGCAAAAGAGAUUUUGUCAGAUGAACCAAAUAUAAUUUAAGUUAGAGCACCUCUUACAAUUUGUGGAGAUAUCCAUGGUCAAUUCCAUGAUUUAAUAGAGCUGUUUCAAAUAGGAGGAAACUUGCCAGUAUUUAGAUUUAGCAAAUCUGUUUUUAGGAUACAAAUUACUUAUUUUUAGGAGAUUAUGUAGAUAGAGGUUCUUAAUCUGUAGAAACAUUUUCAUUAAUGUUAUCUUUGAAAGUGAGAUAUAAAGAUCGCAUAGUAUUAUUAAGAGGUAUAUAAUGAUAAUAUUGUUAUAUAGGUAAUCAUGAGAAUCGUGAAAUAAAUAAAAUAUAUGGAUUUUAUGAUGAAUGUUUUCGUAAAUAUGGAAAUGAAAUAGUAUGGAAAUAAUUUACAGAAGUAUUUGGAUAUUUGCCACUUUCAGCAAUUGUAGAAUAACAAGUAACAUAAAUUCUAAUUUGAAAUAAGAUAUUUUGUGCACAUGGAGGUUUAUCACCUGCAAUGGAAUCAGUGGAUUAAAUUAAAUAAUUGAAUAGAGUAUAAGAUAUUCCACAUGAAGGUUUAAUGUGUGAUCUAUUGUGGAGUGAUCCUGAAGAAACUAAGAAUGGUAUUAUCAUUUAUAAAUAUAUUUAUUAAGGUUGGGGAAUAUCACCAAGAGGGGCAGGUUGGACAUGGGGUUGUGAUAUUACAGAUAAAUUCUUACAUUCCAAUAAACUUAAAUAAAUUGCUAGAGCACAUUAACUUGUUAUGGAAGGAAUCUAAAAAAUACAUAAUUCUAAAACUAUUACUAUCUUUUCUGCUCCAAAUUACUGUUAUCGUUGUGGAAAUUAAGCAUGUAUCCUAGAAGUUGAUGAAUAACUUAGAAUGAAUCAGUAUAUCAAUUCCUACAUUCUAGAACAUAAUUUGAACCUGCCCCUAGAGAAAAUGAACCACAUACAACCAGAAGAGUACCUGAUUAUUUUCUUUGAAAUAUAUAAAUAUGUUGUCUAAUAUCAAUUAAUAUCUAUCGC